AAUUCUGGAGUGUUUAACAGAUAUAAUAGCAUAUCUGAUAAUAAGGGAAUUUCCAGUGCUAGUACAUUUCAAGAUUUUGCUUCUGGGGUCCAAGGUUGUGAAAAAAGAUGUGUCACUGUACCUGAUUCUAGUACUUCAGAAAAUAUGGUUUUCCAAUCACCUGCACUUAAUAAUGAUAUAAGUAAACACAGAGAAACUUCUAAAUCACAGAUAGUUUUUAAAAUGGAGUCCAUUAAUAAAAACAUACAACCACAACCUAAACCAAGUGUGGCUACUGUCUGUGCAACAUAUUGCAAAAUUAAACCAAAGACUGAUGAACAAAGAAUUAGGAUAUUGUCUGACAUCAAAGUUGAUAAUGCCAUAAAUAGUAAUGAAAGAAAACUAAUCCCUGUAUUAAGAAAUGCUACAUCCACACCUUUGUUGCAAACUUUAGUUAUCAAUGGAACACCUGCAUAUAGACCACAUCCUGUAAAUAUGCAACAACAAAGUUUUACUAAAGAUGAGAUUAUGGCCAUGCCUACUAUUAUUGUUGUUCCAGCAUCAGAUCCAUCCCAAUUGUCUACAAACAUGAAGUUUAGUUCCGUGACGUCUCAAAGUUCUAAUAUUAUAUCAGUGCCGACUAGUCGCACUGAAAAAGUUUUGAGUCCUCUCGUGGUGGAUGUUUCAUCAAAUUCUUCUGAAGAAAAUGAUAAAAAAGAAGAAACAGCUAAAGAAGCAGAAACUGCUGUAAAUGAAGUAGGUCUUAUCAAGACUGUAGAUAUUGCUGCACAACCAAAAAUGACUUCAAUGCCUAAAGAUGGAGUCAAAGCAUGUACAGCAGAGACUAGUACGCCAAUGGUAUUUCCCCCUUUGAGAAAAUCUUCUUCGACACCUCGUCGUACAUCGCACGUAAGAGUUUUGGAUUUUACUACUCCUAGAAGAGUUUUACAUGAAACUAUCAUAGAACAAGACUCUGUGCAACCUAGCACCAAACCUUCUGAUUUUGUUCUUAGUCAAAAUAUUGGUACAGUUUUGUCAGAACAAGUUGACUUUGCCUUAAAUGAAAACAAUAAACAAAUAGCAAACGUCCUAAAUGUUACUACUAAACCUGCAAAUGAUAAUAAAGAAACUGUAACAUAUACAAAAGGUAAUUGGGAUCAUGACUUAAGAGCUAUGAUCGAAAAAGAUAAGGAAGUCUUAUCAAAAGUUAAAACUAAGCAAAAAACAAAAACUACCAAAAGAAAAAAGAUGACAAAAAGAAGACUGCUGAAAAAGAUGUUUCUGAAAAAAAUAAACGGAGAAAAAGUAAGAGAAAACUUGAGGAAGAAGAUGAGCCUGAUCUCACUAUCAAGCCAGAUGCCAUACCUGUAAAGCCCACCAUAAAUAUUAAGCCUGCCGCAG